GCGGCAGUCGAUUUUCUCGUGCGCACGUCGUCCGGUCCGUUCACGCCUUAAGGAUUUUUGAUUUUUAUUUUUAUUAUUAUUUUCGCGCCAACUUCCAAUCGUCCGCGAAAACCGACCGUGAAACCGCGCCGACGGUGGACGCGUCGGAUCGACCCCUUGGCCGCGGCCAUGCGACCGGAUCGCCGCAGCUGGCCGUCCACUGCGGUCCGCGUGACGUUGCUUGCUUUCAUGCUCGUCCACGUGACGCGAUCGUCGAGAAAGCAAAAGCGUCAGCUUUUCCACGAGAACCUGUUGCCAUACUUCGGCGGCAAAAUACCGGACUCGGCGUUCCGGGCCGACCGGUUGGCGCUAAACAUGUUGAACAAGGAAGGGAUCUCCGUGCCAGACGGCAUACUGUUCGAGGCCAGGCCCAAAGAGUCGUAUCACCGGAGCCCGCGCAACGAUCCGGAACUCUCGAACUCCAUACUGAAAAUGAUCCACACGCCGGACAACAGGUUUAGUCCUUUGGAAGGAAGAUACGAAGGCGAAAACGAAGUGGAAACCACGUACAAGAUCGCCAUACCCACAUACAUGAAGAAUUACCGAUUACCAAAAUUUAGGCCUAUAUCAGAAGCCCUACAGCUGCCAACUCAUCAAGUAUACAACAGCGCGUUGUCAAUCAUUCCGUUCAGGGAAAUGAUACUGAGCGUUCCUUUUCGCCCGACGACACAGAACUGGUAUUCGCGGGACGCACAAAGGCCAUAUGUCGAUCCGUUCAAUCAGAACGCCAACAGGAUUGUGAGUUUCGACACCGCGCACCCGACGCGAUUCGUGUGCGACAGACCGGGAAAAAUGUAUCCAGACCCGGAGACCCAAUGCCAGGUUUUUCAUUUAUGCCAUUACAACGGGUUCAAAGAAACGUUUGUUUGCCCUCGAGGAACCCGAUACGAUCCAACGGCACAGGAAUGUCGGCUCUGGAACACGACGCCCUGUUUGAACGCCCGCAGACCAUACUAAGUCAACAGGGACGGCAGCUACAACGGUUUUCGACAUUGGUCGCAGAGCGCAGAGACCGGUGUUCCAGGAUGAAUUCGGAAUCGUAUUACAACGUUGUACAAGAGCAAUAAUCGCACGCGAAUACGUAUUUUUGUUUUUAUCUGUUUAACUUCUAUUCUAUUCAAACGGGUCCGUCGUGCAUUACGACACGUAAUGUUAUUCGAAUUAAACAACCUAUUUAGAAAACAUUUAUUUCGAUACGUUUCGUGCAAAGUAACUCGUAUUACUUUUGCUCCCUUAAUUUUUUGAUGUUAUUUAUUUCGUUUAAAAACAAUUUAAUUACGUACGUGAUGCAGUGUAAUGUGUCAAAAACAUCUAUCAGAGUAAAAUGAUAUUACAAUGAUACGAGUUACGUGUGUUACAUUAAAUUAUGUACGUACACUAUAUUUUACUGAAAUCGUGUGAUUUUUUUUUUUUUUGUUAAUUG